AUGGUCAGCAACAAUGAAAUGCCUUACGGCGAUUGGCCGUCCCCAAUUACAGUUGAAUCGGUGGCAUCUGAAAGACGGGCCAUCUCGAGCCCGCGCGUUCAUUUGGCUCUAAACAAGAAGUUUUUCGUGGAAUCCCGUCCUUCUGGUGGCAGCACCAUCAUGGAGAUUAUCGGCAGCAAGGUCCAAGACAUUCUGCCGCCUGAAUUUAGCGUUGAAAACAGAGUUUACGAGUAUGGCGGGCCUCUCUAUGAUGUCGCCUGCGACGGCAGAAUUAUUUUUUCCAACAAAGAUGAUACGCUUCGUAUCCUGGAUACCGAGACUCAUCAAGUAUCUCAUCUACCGACCAAGGAAGGCUUCAGAUACUCCACCUUCAGUGCCAACAGCAAGUCACCAUGGGUUUUGGCUGUAGAGGAAGACCACACUUCUGCAGUUGCUGCAAACGCAAAGCAUUACAUAUCUGCGAUCAAUGUCACUUCUGGAGUGCUGAAAAGACUUGCCUCUGGGGCUGACUUUUAUCACGCGCCGUGCUUCAAUUUGGAUGGCACUCGGCUGGCCUGGCUGGAAUGGAAUCAUCCCGACUUGCCUUUCAACGAUGCCAAGCUGUACACUGCGGAGUGGGAUGACGAUGGGACCAUAUGCAAUACUCGAAUUAUCGCAGGCGCUGAGAAUACUAGCGUGACUGAGCCGAGAUGGGGUGUUGACGGGUCUCUCUUCUUCGCGCAAGAGGUCAAUGGUUUUCGCCAACUUUUCCGAAUGACGCUAGGACAUGGCGACCCAAUCCACGUGGAGCUUGCUGGGUUGGAGAACGUAGAAUUUGGACAAAUUGAUUUGAUUGACGGAAGCCGAACUUACACAGCGCUCUGUGAGAAUAAAGUCUUUGCCAUCAUUAGUUCGAAAGGCGUUAACAUGCCAAUCGUGAUUAAUUUGGAUACAAAAACCUGGCAAGAAGUGGCUCAAGCUCAGAAAAUUGUCCAGGUUAUGCUGGAUGCCGUCGUGCGGCUCACCGACUCCUCCGUUCUCAUCGUUGCUCAAAGUGCCACACUCGCCAAAGCGCUGUACAUGAUCGACCUCGAACUGCCAGAUCGCAGCGCCGUCAUCCGCAGCGCGGCUGACAAAGAAGAUCCGCAGAAUUUCUUCUCGGUACCUGAGCCACUUUGCAUGAACUCACAGCGACAGCCUGCUCGAAGUAUAUAUGGAUUCCUCUGGAUGCCUUACAACAAAGACUGUGACGCAAAAAAUGGCCGUCUUCCACCACUCAUCAUAGACGCCCAUGGCGGCCCUACAUGGAUGGUCGGCAGCGGUCUCAAUCUCAAAAUCCAAUAUUUUACCUCGCGAGGCUACGCGUACGCAGGUCUGAACUACACAGGUUCCACUGGCUACGGCAAAACAUACCGAGACGCCCUCUUUGGUAACUGGGGAACGAUCGACGCUGCCGAUGCGGCAGAGUGCGCGGAGCAUCUUGCGUCGACCGGGCGCGUGGACGGCAAGGCCGUCGGUAUCUCGGGCCACAGCGCAGGAGGCUACCUCGUGCUGCAAUGCCUCACGCUCUAUCCUGAUGCAUUCGCAGGUGGCGUAUGUGCGGCUGGCGUCAGCGACGUCAAGGCGUUGGGCGAAUCGACGCACAAGUUGGAGCUUCAUUACGCAGACGCACUUCUCGGCUGCAGUGACGCUGGCGACGAGGAGAAAACGGCCCUGUAUCAUGAGCGCAGCGCGAUUCAUCGCGUAGAUCGGGUCCACAGCCCGCUGCUCAUGGUGCACGGGGCAUUGGAUACAGUAGUGCCGAUCAAUCAGAUGAGAGAGAUGGCCAGGAAGCUGGAAAGGAAGGGGGCCGAUGCGAAGCUGGUAGAGGUGACCGGCGAGGGGCACAUGCUGGAUAGCCCGCGGGCAGUGAAGAUUUGGCUGCAGGAGGAAGAAGCAUGGUGGAGGACGACAUUGCUUAGGGCUUAG